GGUAGUCUCGUCGGCUGCCUAUUCAUUCGGCUUUUUAGUCAGUGCGUUCGUGCUUGUUGAAGGAUGAGCACGUGUGCGGACGAAUUUUUUCAGAGUAUUAACCCUUGGGCAAAGAUGUCGUUCUGCCCUUGGCUGCAAACUUUUUUUGUUUUUUAACAUGUCGUUUCAGAUAAUUUUAGUAUAACAAAAAAUAUAAAGGAGAAACUAUUAAUAGCUACUAAGAAAGAUUAAUUUAGAUAUUGCAAAAAUUUACUUUAAUAUUGACAUUUAUUUUAAAAUUAAGAACCUAAACAAAGAAAUAACUAUCCAAAAAUAAAACAACGUUUAAUUUUAAAUUCAAAACUAUUAAAAAUUAAUUUAUUAAAAACUUCAACUCCUAUUACUAUAAAUGAGCAAUUUAAGACCCAUGCACCAUCUAAGGGCUAAGCAAAAAGCUCUUUUGUCGUUUCACUCGCACUUACUACGCAGACUCCUCUCACUCGCACUUGUGGUGAGUAAUGAAUAAGGGAGUGCUUUUUGCCGACGAGACUACCUUGUAUAAUUGUACCAUGGUCACGAUUACUUAUUGGGUGAGCUUUGCAGCGCCAAGUUGAAAGUAAUCAGCUGUUUUGGAGCUUUCCUAUCUCAGAGAGCACUGCACUUUGCAGAGAGCGAGAGAGAGAGAGAGAGGGAGCGGAGAAUAAUAAAGAGCGGGAGUGGGGCGAGUUUUAUCAGCUCGAAGUACGAUUCACAGAUAAGAAAAAGUCGGCGGCGGGUGUUAAGUCAUUUACACAAUUUAUCGCUUCUUCGCUUUGCGCAAUCGAAUGGAAAAACGGAUUGCAUUGCAUUCCGGUGUGGAAUAGAAACCGGAUCACACGGAUCACUUGGAUCACCAACCAUGAAUAAACUACGGGCUCUAUUACCCGGUCAACACUCGAGCUCCAAUGGAGCGUCCCGCCAUUCCGUAACUCUGGAUCCGGAGAUCGGAUUCCAAAUCACAAUCGAGAAUCCGAAAAACAGUGAUCCAACCAAGGGUUCUACGAACGUACCAGAACUCAACGUCCAUCUCAUCGCCGCCCGACAUCUGCCCUCUCUGUUUGGUUUCAAGAUCGUCCAGGGCUAUUUGAUAAAGGUUAAGCUAUUUCCCGGAUCGAAACGCUUGGACAGCAGUAUUCAAACCAACACGUGGCCAAAGUUCAAUGAAAAUUUCAAGUUUCCUCUGGUGCCCGAUAUCAAAUCCUCCAUGAAGCAUGUAAGUCGACGACCUACAAAUGGACAGACAAAUAGCUCCGAUCCGGAUUCGGAACAGCUCUUCUCCGGACAAUUUGUGGUUUUCACCGUAUACGCCCUGUUGGAACUUCCAACCACAAAUUUCAAUCGCUUUAACAAGACAUACCGCUCGCUAAAGGAUAAAAGUACAAGUUUUGUCCAACGUUUCGUUGAUCCAACUGCUAGUUCUCCAAAUGAGGCCAAGACUGAAAAUGGAGGAAGCUCAAACGAUCAGGGGAAAAAAAAGAAAAAAUCUGAGAGCACAAGAGAUGCGAUGCCAGCCUUGACAAUAAGUGAAUCGAGGAGGAAUAUAGGUUCAGUCACCUGCUACCUGGAAUCGAAGCUCUUCCAACGCAACAGUAGAACGGGGUGUUAUUCGACGGAAGAGUUGUGGCUGCCCAUAAAAGAUAUCACCACAACGGUGGCCAAGUCGUCACCCGGCAACAACAACAACAGCAACAACAGUUUCCUUAACUCCGCAAAGGGCGUGGUUGAGCUGGCCCUUGAGGUUCGGGAUCUCCUUGAAUGCGAAACACCUUUGGAGUCUUCUUUGCCACCUGCAACGCCUUCGAACACGCCCACCUCCCCCAUAACGCCCACUUUUCCAACAGUAAACUCAACUCCUUCCACCAACAAUUGGCAACGGAUGACGGCGGAGGUCAAGCGGAAGAUGGGAAUCAGUAAUGCCGGCAGUUCCGAUUCUGGAAGGUAUUUGCUUCGAGUGACAACAACCAGGAUGCGCUGCUCCAACAAGGUCAAGGAUGAACUGGAGGCCACUGCGAACUCCGGAAUUUAUGUGAAGACCACCGCCUUCGAGCAUGGCAUCUAUAUAGAUGCAUGGAAAUCCCCAGUUUUCUUUCCCUCCCUCUCCACCAAAUGGGACGAUGGAUCCGGCGAGGGAACCAUCGACAUUCCGCUCCAGAGACUCGAGCAGUUGGAGGACAUAGUCCUGCGGAUCACGUUGGCCACCAAGAAGAUGGGCAAGAAACUGGUCCUCGGAACGGUCAUUAUCGGUGGAGAUCAGGCGGGUGACACGGGAUCCGAGCAGAUGCGCCUGAUCCGGGAAUCGCCACCUGGCCAACGAGUGGCCGCCUGGCAUUGCUACCACUAAAUCGAACUCAAAGAUAUACUCCAAGUUAAUGUAUAUAGCUAAAUCCUAAGUUAAUUACUACCAAAAUUCCUUUGUGCGUCUGCGCACACUCAUCAUGUAUUUGGUUUUCGAUCGUUAAAAUAUUAAAUUUCAUUGCGAAUUGUAAAA